UGUAUUAGUCAGUCAGUGGUUAAAGUUAGAUCAGCGUAGUAGUCAAAACAAAUCAAUUAGACCUAAUGUAAGGGAUAUCCCGGCUACUACGGGACAGUUGGCAACCCUACUCACGGUGAAUGCGUAAUCCUUGAGAGCCCUGAUAAAGUCAUAGGGCUAACGUUAACGUUACUUAAUCAUCCAUACAAUAUUUAUUCCACCACCCACAUGCAGUGUUAAGAUUCCUUGUCAUACAGUAAUUCUUAAUGCAUGUAUAUUCCAUAUAUCUAUCUAUCUAUCUAUGUUUAGCAUGUUCUAGGUAAAACUGGAGUGUAGCAUGUCAGCCCGCGCCUGGCCGGUUCUCACGCUGAACGAAGGUUAGCAUGUCAGGUGUUGUUUAGCCUGAAAGUAUCAGCACAGAACCUGUCUAACUUACUGGAAAUGGCCACCAGUCGGUCAUGGAGGUUAAAACGCUAUGGGCGUUUUGUUCCAGGCUCUAUGGAAAAGGGAGGGAAGCCUUGGAAGGUAUUUGAGGCAAAUGGUAAUAAACCAGAAAUUGUUCUCACAAUUAUGGAAUCUGGAUACUUGCUGGUAUUGCAAGGACAGGAAAGCUUGGAUACAGUCCCUUUGCUCUGCGGCUCAGAUUGUCUCAAAAUACACCAUAAAUCUGAUAACCUGAUGUUUCGAUUUAGUGUGGAGGGUGAGAGCCGCAUGGUGAGGAUGCAGUUUGCUGGAAGUAGCAGGGCACACGCUAUAAAAGAGUGCUCAAGUGCUGUGGAGAAACUAAUGGAGUACAUGCCUGUUGCCUCUCAGGAUGACGCCCCACUGCCCUCCAAUCAGUCCCCCACUGAGUUCACUGCACCAGAGAUACAGACCUGCCACGGAAAGGCUGUGGGAGUUGAGCCUGAGGUUGUCCAAGGAUCACUGUCCAUCAAGCGUCUUACCCAGCACUUCUUAGGAGAGGCCGCUGUGACUCUGCCUCAAGUAUAUCAUCAUGGUUCUUUGGCACAAGGUGACUUGGAGCCCAUCCUGCGUAUUUGUCUGCUGGAUCCCAGCUUUCAUGCAUUUGUGGAGAAGGUGGAGGGGGAGCUGAGGAAACUGCUUCAAGAGUAAACAAUCUCAACAACAGCUGAAGGCAAAAAGGUCAAGUUAGUGUAAUGUGCUUUUUCUUAUACAGUUUGUGUAGGCAGUGCCUGGUGGUGGAGGUGGAAUGUUUCUUGCUGUGCUGCCGAUGUUUGAAAUGUUGUUGCACAUUAGUUGUUAUGGUAUAUGGCUUGAAGAGGAUGCUUUGAAUGGUAUUGAAUUUAGGUGUUUAGAGGAAGAAGAGGUCAAAUGAAAAAAUCUGGAUUAAUUUUCAAACUUUUUAUUCAGAAAAAAAAUAUUGGUCUCACUCAUAUGUUUCAUCGUGGCUAUAUACUCUGGUCCCUCUUUUCCCACCUUAAUGCAGGUCCAUUUUCACCGCAACACACAUGGAUACAUUUGAAAGAGGAGUCAUGCAGCUACAGCAGUGAAUUUUGCUAUGCCAGCUUCCAAGUGAUCCCACAAUAUUAAAGCUUCACUGAGUAAAACAAACUGCCCUCCAUAUAUCUAUUUAAGAAUACAUAUUGCAUAGGAUUAUAGCCAUGCUAUACAGUUAAAGAGAGAAAGAAAUAAAAAAUAAAAAUCAAUAAAUGAAAUUGGGAAAUAUAAAAAAAAUAUUUUUUUACAGAUUUCCUAUCAUUUGAACACUCAUACUUCAACAUAUACAAGACACCUAAGUUACUCUGGAAAGAAAAUAAAAAUUAUACACAUAUCAUUUUUGUUUAGAUAGUUUAACACACAGUAGUCAUUUUCUUUAAUCACUCUCAAUGAAAUUUAAAUACUGCCAUACAUUGAAGCCCUUGCUUCACAAUAAAAGUUCUCUUAAAAGUGGACUUCUUGUCACAAAAUCAAACAUAGUUAAAUGACCAUGAUAUGCUGUACAAAUUUUCAAGAAUAAAACUAACUAACUAUAUAUAUAUAUAUAUAUAUAUAUAUAUAUAAUAUAUAUAUAUAGUAAGGAUGACUCCAUAAAAAAACACAGGUCAUUUUAGAUGCAAAAAAAAAGCCACACGAGGGAUAACAACAGAAAAUGUCUAUUCUGAGUAUCCUAUUGCGUAAUUAUCUUGCAUGCAUUGUACAUGAUAUGUAAUACAAAAGGGAUCACCUCAUUUGAGGAUAUGAUAAAAUUAAUAAAGGAGACACCAACAGCACAUUAAAAAUGUGUACACCUUUGUGGUGGUUUUAAUCAUUAUUUGUCAUCCUGAAAUCUCCACGUAAGACUGAAUAAGGCAUGCUUAAGACAGCCAUUAUGUUCUUUUUGUUGCCAGUGUUACGCUGAUAUUGUUUCUCAUAAAAUGAGACAAGAUAUGCUUUUUUGAAAACUGCCCGGAGCUCUAUCCACCUCUGAUACCUUCAUGUAGUCAAAAAAAUGCAGUUUAGCCAUCUCAUCUGUGGAGAGAAAAUCAAGAGAAGGCGUGACUAUGGAUAAUCCUCACAGUGAGUUCUAUAUUUAGCCCCCAUCCCCUUCAACACUGUCUUACUUGAGUAAAUUGCUUAUUUCGUAUUCCUCUGGCGAA